AUGUCUGACUCGUUUAUGGUGCGUCCUACGACUGCAUUUAUGAAGGUGUUUGAUAAGUUCUCAGCUAUAUCCGGGUUUGGUAAUACGUCGGGCAAUAAUACCGAUAAUAUAAACAGUUUUGCAAACAGUGCCAGCAAAGAUAAAAAGCAGAAUAAUGUUCUGGCAUCACAAUUGCAAAAUAAAAUAGGAAAGAUUUCAAGACUCGAAAAUAGGCUUAUGUCUUUACAAGAUAGUCUCACCAGCGAUUUAAUUGACUGGGGAUCAGGGAUUCCUAAUCCUGAUAGUGAGCGUAUGGUUAAGAACUUCAGUUUGUUGUUGGCAGCUCAGAAGGAUUCUAGUGUACUAAUAAUUGAAAAAUUAGACAAGCUCAAGUUGAAUUUGGCGUUUGUAAACGAAAGAGAAAAGAAACAGAACGAUCUACUUGCUGCAAAAACAAAAAUAUUAAAACAGUUGCGCUACAGUGAAGUAAAAUAUGGCCCAAAUGCUUCUUCAACGACACUCUUGAAAGAAAAAUUGGAAGAAAAUGUUUGUAAUUUAGGUGUUGUUGAAAUACAAUACAUAAGGGCCAUAACAAAAAAUUUGAAAGAUGCAUUAAUUGAUUACUUAUAUGCCUUGCAGUCUGUUUCGGCUAAUAUAAGUGAGGCUACUAAUGAUUAUUACGAGGUUUUACUAUCCUUGGAAUCGGGUCAUGAUUUGGCACGUAAUUCCCCUAGAAAAAUUGGUAAUGGAAUGGGCAUAGGUGUUGGAUUGAAUAAUAGGAAAGAUCUUAACUUUAAUACUUCAAAUUCGUAUGGGCUUCUGAGUAAAUCGGCAAAUGAUGCUGACUAUAGCCUGCCCAAGAAUAGUGAUUUUCAGGAAAGAAAUAGCCCUAUAAGAAUGACCUCACAAGUUGUUGAAGAUUAUCAGAAUUAUACAAAUUGUGUUGAAUGCCAGAAAAAUAACAAGUAUCACCAUAGACUUAUCACCCCUUGUACACACAACGGUCAAAAUAUUGACUCUAGAACCUCCAAGUCCACACAUAUGUCAGCUACACGAAUUUCCCCUGAUAGCAUUAGUGAACAGGGAUUUGAAAUAAAAGAUGGCUACCUGCCUAGUGAACAUUGGAAUUAA